CAUAGUAUAGAGAUAACUAGCAGCACACCAAGGAAGAACGACCAAGCAUAAAAAAUCACAAGAAGAAGAAGAAAGCAACAUCAAUGGGAUUCGAAAAGCAGAAUCUGGAUAUGGUGUUGGUCCCAAGUGGAUUACUAGUGAUGUUUGGUUACCAUCUUUAUCUUCUCUACAGAUGCCUAUAUCGUCCACACACCACAGCCAUUGGUUUCGAAAACAACGACCGAAAAGCUUGGGUCGAACGAAUCAUGCAGAUCGACAAAAAGGAGAUCGGAACAGCUCUCGCAGUCAUUCAAUCAAACACCACGGCUGCAACUUUCUUAUGCUCGGUUUCCUUGACUAUGAGCUCCCUAAUCGGAGCAUGGCUCGGAAGCUCGUCGGAGAGAAUCUUCCGUAGCGAACUGAUAUACGGAGACACACGACCUUCGACCAUGUCGAUCAAGUACAUAUGCCUGCUGACUUGUUUUCUUCUGGCUUUUGCGUCGUUCGUUCAGUCAGCUCGGCACUUCGUUCAUGCAAAUUUUCUAAUAAGUACGCCCGAAACUGACAUCCCAUUUGAGUAUGUGGAGAUUGCUGUGAUUAGAGGAAGCAAUUUCUGGUCUUUGGGUCUAAGAUCUCUAUAUUUUGCUCUUAAUAUGUUGCUUUGGUUCUUUGGUCCGAUUCCCAUGUUUGUUUCUUCUCUGGUUAUGGUCGUACUUUUGCAUGUUCUUGAUUCAAACUCCAGGCCAUUGCAUAAGCAUAGAGAGCUUAAAAGGGCUCGCGAGAGAAGCUCUGAAGUGGCUCUUGCAGAUCAAGUAGUUCAUGGUAGAAAAUCUCAGGUUCAAGUCUGAAAGUUGUUAAUUUUAGCCAUUUUUCUGGGUCAAAAUGAAGAGAGAUAAAGAUAACUAUUAUUGGUUUAAAUAUUGGAAGAAAUAUUCUUUUUAAGACA